GAGUAGCUGCGUUACAGUGUCUUGUGAAAAUUAUGUCACUAUCAAGAGACACGGUAGCGUCUCGCGCCGAGUUCUUUCUAUACAUGGAACCAUAUAUGUCUCCAGCACUGUUUCCUAUUACUAUAGAAGCGAUGAAAUCCGACAUUGAUGAAGUAGCACUUCAAGGGAUAAAAUUCUGGUUGAAUGUGUAUGAGCCGGUUUUCAUAUCACCGGAAGGAGGUCGUCCAUCGCGAAAAGUCUAUGUUAAGCCCCUUCCUCCUGAUGGGGAUGAUUUCCAAUACUUGAUACGGGUAUUGAUGAAAAAAUUAAACAUAACUCCUCGGCGUCAAGAAGAAUUUGAAGAUGACGGGAGUCUUUCGAACAUUCGUCCUAUUAGGAAUAUCGACCAGGAGGACAAAAAGGCUUUGGAAAUUAUUUCGUCCUUUCGUAUAUGUAAUAGGCGUCAUAACGCCGAUAACCAGAGGUGUUACCUGAAGAAUGAUUCAUACUUUUCUUGAUUUGUUAUUCUGUAUUUAUAUUUGUAUAAUACAGGGUGACCGAAAAAUCGCCUACUCCACUUCGGGAGGUGAUUCGAGACCCAAA